AUGACAUUACCUAAAUUUACUGAAUUAUAUGUUGUUCCAUUUCCAACAUUACUCGGUGACGAUAGUGAUGGUUCAUUCACACGUCCAUAUUCAUCCCUGCAGCAAGCUCUUGAUCAUAUCGAACAUAAUUAUUACCGUAGUAUUAAUUUACCUCGACAAACAACUAUAUAUUUAUAUCCAACUUAUCAUUUCGUAAACACUCUUCAUUUAAAUAGAGCUCAUAGUCGCAUACGACUAACAACAAUGAAUGAAGAUGUUAUUGAUUUUUAUGAAGAAUUUAUUCUACAUGAACAUAAAUAUCGACGAUUAUCCAGGGCAAGUAUUAGUGGUGGAAUGCCAAUAACUGAUUGGAUUGCAGUUGAUAAUAAUGUCUAUAAAGCUAGUGUACCAUCGACAAUAUUUGUCAAUCAAUUAUUCGUUGACAAUCGACGUAUUGUUCGUGCACGUAUACCAAUGAAUCAAUCAGAUUAUCUUCAAUAUGAUGCACCAUUACAAGAUCCAAAUCAAGCACGUUAUGGUUUUCAAUAUGUUCAAGGACAAUUUGAUUCUAUUCCAUUAGAUGAUGCUAUGGUAGUCAUAUAUCAUAGUUGGACUACAUCUCAUCAUUAUAUCGAUCGACUUAUUACGUCAAAUAGAACUAUUUUAUUUACAAAUCCAUCUGAUCGUCCAAUUGGAACAUUUAAUAUACAAGGAAAACGACGAUUUCAUAUUGAAAAUAUUUGUCAAGCACUUGUUUCAAACUCAUUUUGUUUUGUCAAUAUAACAAAAACUGUCUAUCUUAUGACAGAUGGUACUUAUGAUCCAACCAAAGUACAAAUUAUUACAUCAGUAAAUGAAUUUGUUGUAUUACUUGCCAGUACUGAUGUAACCAAUCCAAUUAGUAAUAUAAUUAUUGAUAAUGUUGCAAUACAACAUAGUGCAUGGAAUAUUGAUCGUACACAACAAGCAGAUUCACAAGCAGCUGCAUUUCUUAAUUCUGCUCCACUCUAUAUUGCUAAUGCAACAUCAAUCAUUAUUUCAAAUAUUGAAAUUAGUCAUACGGGUUCAUAUGGUAUAUGGAUUAAAGAAGGAACAACUAAUAUUAAUAUUUUCAAUUCAUUAAUUACUGAUACUGGUGCUGGUGGUAUUCGUAUUGGUCAAAUGAUAUCACCUGUACCAACACCAACUACGUCUAUUAAAAUAAUAUCUAAUGAAGUUAGUUAUGGUGGUAAUGUAUUUCCAAGUGGUGUUGCAGUUAUUAGUCAUCGUGCUAAUAAUGUUAUUAUUGCUGAUAAUAGUAUUCAUCAUCAUCGAUAUUCAGGUAUAUCUAUUGGAUGGGAAUGGGGUUAUGCUCAAUCUUAUACAAGUAAUAUUAUAAUACAAAAUAAUUAUAUUUAUAAUAUUGGACAACAUAUUCUUUGUGAUCAAGGUGGUAUUUAUACACUUGGUAUUCAACCAGGAACAAUUAUUAGUGGUAAUGUUAUUAAGAAUGUAUUUAGUUAUGCUAUUUUUAUGUGGGGUAUUUAUCUUGAUGAAGGUACAUCACAAGUUGUCGUUUCUAAUAAUAUUGUAUAUAAUACUGGUUGGGCUUCAUUUUUUCAACAUUAUGGUGCUAAUAAUACUAUUAUUAAUAAUGUAUUUGCACGUGCAUCACUUAAUCCACCAUCACAUCCUGAUGAUGAUGAUCCAGAUGGUGAUCUUCAUAUAUCACUUGCAGAAAAUCAUACAUCAUUAAUAUUUAUACGUAAUAUUAUCUAUGAUACAUUUCAAGGAGCAAAACAUUCGGUUUACAUAUCCAAUCCUAACGUAAUUGCAUCAUUUAAUGAUAAUGUUUAUUAUAAUCCAUAUGGUAGUUCAUUACUGUUUGGUCCACAACAAACAUCAUUUAUUGAAUGGCAAAAAACAGGACAAGAUAAUAAUAGUAUAAUAGCAGAUCCAUUAUUUAUUGGAAAUGUUAAUCAAUGUGAUUUUUUUACUAUUCGAUCUGAUAGUCCUGCAGCAAAACUUGGUUUUGCAAAUAUCACUAAACUUUCGAAAUGGACAUCCGGAUGUGAUACAAAUGAUAAUAAUCAAUUUUAUCAUUGUAAUGUUUCAUCUUCGAUAACUAUUAGUGAAGAUCCAACAAACAUACUUGUAACUAAAAUAUUUGUUUCUUCAACCCCGCCACAAUAUUUAGAAAAAGAUGAACGAUUUGAAAAAUCUAUUGGUAAUGUUUGCAUUGCAGAGAAUGGUCAUUUAGCUUAUCAUAUUGGACCACAGAGAGAUCGUGCAUUUGUUAUUUCAUCGGGCAAAUAUAAAAUUCGAUUUAUAAUGAAUAAGAAAAAUUCAAAAUUUGUUAUGUCGUUUAAUGUCAUCUCAAAAUAUACUUCCAUACAUAAAAAUGAAUUUGAACUAGGAAAAUCAAGUUAUGAUUGGUACAACGAUGGUGAUACUUGUUGUGGUGGUGUUGAUUUACUACCCAAUAAAGACAAACGUGAUAUGCAAGGUGAAACGACAUUUGAAAUCGAAUUGUUUCUCGACUGUGAUAAUCAAAAGAUAAGUUAUUUCAAUGAACGAACGAAAAAUAGACGAGAAAUGAAAAUUAAUCUUACAAAGUGUCCACUUCCUUGGCAAUUACUUUUUUAUUUAUAUGAUGUUGAAGAUUCUGUUCGUCUUUUAUCUUCAAAACAAUUACUUUGA